CCUCUUAUAGGGAGGGAUGUGGUGCAACCUGCGCACCAUGAGAUCGGCCGUGGGGCUCCUGGGUGCACUCGGGGUGCUUCUACCUACAGUUUGUGGCCUUUCCUGUGUUGCCUGUUUGGAGGUUGAUUCCCGAGUGUGUGAUGGUGGAAGCGUACUGUGUCCCCCUGAACAAGUCUGCAGCACCUCAUUAGUAGAAGUGACUCGUAAAGACGGGCUGAAAUAUUACAAUGUGAGAAGGAACUGCCGAUAUCCAGAAAGGUGUGAAAUAACGUUCCACUUUAGCCACACGAAUUACCGGAUGCGGCAGAAAGUCACCUGUUGUACAACGGAUAACUGUACCCCCCCGGAACCCACGUGGCUGGAGGUUGAGGACGAGAGUGAAACAAACGGGCUGAGCUGCCCAACCUGUGUGUAUCCCAGCUUUGAUUGCCUUGCCCAGAGGGACGUGGAAUGCGUCGGAGAGGAGAACAAAUGCUAUCAUCAAACCCAAACUUAUCAAGGCAGCGGGGGAACUAGAAUAAACACAUUCCGGGGCUGCGGCACCGAGUCUCUCUGCCGGUUUGGCGAAUGGGCCGAGAACUACGGAGGGUUUACUCUAGAGACGACGAUUAACUGCACUGAUGCAAAUACCGGAAACGCCAAUAUGAGCCCCUAAAUGCAUUUAUAUACGUAGCCCCUCAUAUUCUUCUGCUAAUAAACUCACAGAAACCAAGAA